AUGUCAACCAACCACAACGGAAACCAAGUAACUCCAUUCUCACUUAAAACUCCUGACGGAGAAUCUAUAUACGCUUGGCAUAUUCUUCCAUUGCCGCUGUAUCUUAAGAACGAGGCCACAAUUGAAGCUCAGGAACCGGGGUUCUCACAUGACUUCACCAAGACCGAGUCAUUCCGUCUUCUAAAAGAAGAUCCAGAAUCCAGGCUUGUCCUUUACUUUCAUGGUAACGCUGGUCAUGUUGCGCAAGCUAUCAGACCUCUUAGUUACCAUUCACUGACUGAUACUUCCUCUUACCAUGUCGUCGCAAUUGAUUAUCGAGGAUUUGGCCACUCUACAGGCACACCUACUGAAACUGGUGUUAUUCAAGAUGCCGCAACACUUGUUGAUUGGGCUACCGAUGUCGCAGGCAUCCCAGCCAGUCGCAUCGUUCUUCUAGGACAGAGUCUAGGCACGGCCGUAGUCAGUGCUGUUGCAGAGAAGUAUGCGCUUCAGGGUGUUGAAUUUGCUGGUGUCACCAUAGUUGCGGGAUUCAGUGACCUGGCUAACCUCCUGCUGGGCUACCGUAUUGGAGGCGUCGUCCCCGUCCUAGCACCCUUUCGUAUGUGGCCUUCACUUGUACGCUUCAUUCACCGCUUCGUCGUCGACAGGUGGCACUCCGAUAUGCGACUGGCCAAUGUCGUAAGACAUACCAAAACAAGACUCAGAAUCAACUUGAUUCAUGCCAAGAACGACAAAGAUAUUCCGUGGACCGAAGACAACAAGCUGUUUCGAGCAGCAGCUCAAGAAACAGUAGGAAUCAUGGAUGACGAUGAGUUUGCAGCUUGGAAGGAGGAGCGUACUGUUCGCAAGGGAAAGGAUGCGUUUGUCACCACUUGGAAAGCCGAACCCAACAUGAUUAUUCGUCAAGAGCUUUUCCCAUAUGGUGGCCACAAUGAUAUUAUGGGAUAUGCGCCUGUUGCGCUCGCAAUUAUGAGAGCGUUUGACCUUGAUGGAACCACUUACAGCGACGAUUAG